AAAUCUGAGCUAGCGGCGUGUAAGACACUAGCAUUAGCACCAGGAAUGAGCUGGGGCGGUUUGUGAGCUCACUCGCUACGCAAGCGGUCGUCAGAAACGGCUGAUCGCACCUACAGUUGGCUCUGAACACGCCAGAGAAGCGUGCGGAGCGUCGAGGCCGCACAGACUCAUAAGCUCCAGACUGAGUCCAGAGACCUCCGCAGCUCAAGGAACUCGCACAGCUCGCAAAAAUGGACGCGGAGCAAGCCCACGUCACCCUGAGUAUCAGCGGCGCAGACCAGCGCAUCAACAUCACGGAAAACGCCACCGCGGCGCUCCUCUUCGACGCCGUCGCCGGCGCGUUGGACGCGAGCACCGUCAAGCUCCUGCACAAAGGGAAACGGCUCGCGCGCGACGACGCCUUGACGCCGGGCAUGCGCGUGUUGUGCCUCGGCACGACGACGCAGCAGAAAGAUAGAAUAGCGGCGCAGCGGAGCGACCCGACGAUUCGCGGCUUCAAGGAGGAGGCGGCACGCGAGGCCGCGAGGAGAGGCGCUGUCGAUGAACUCCAGCAACACCCGGAGUACAAGUUUUGUAGGAUCGAGGCCGUCAAGCGCUUCGACGGGCGGCGCGGCCCGCACCGGUUCGAGGCCGAGAAAUUAUUGAGGAGCAUGGCGUCCGAAGUAGCACCGAUCAUGGUCUCCCACGCCUGGACCGUCGGUGGACUCAUAGAGAUGGACCCGCGCGACGAUCAAAUAAUGAAGAAGAAGCAGCAGGAGGGCGGGUGUCUAUUGGGCUACAACGAAAACAUGGGCGCGAGGAUUUACGUGAAACUCAGACAGGACGACGGCACCUUUCACGACCGGGACGCGUUGAUGAAGACGUUAUUGCACGAGCUCUGCCACAACGUCGUGGGGCCGCACAACGCCGUCUUUUUUGCCUUGUAUGCGGACGUGCGCGCGGAGCACCUCGCCCUGACCCGCAAGGCCGCGGGCCGGCAUCGGACCUUGGCCGAUGCUUCUACGAAGGAGACCGUCGCGCGCGAGCUCGCCUCGGAGGCGGGCAACGGCGCUCUACAAGGCGGCGAGCGCGCGUCGGCCGCCUUCGUCGCGAACGCCGUCUCUAUGUUACCCGACGCGCCUGUCGCGCCGCCGCCGCCGCCGCCUGCCGUCGACGCCGCUGAACAACGCGUCGCGAGCGCCGCCGCAGCCGAGCGCCGCCGCUUGGGUGUGUGCAAGCCCUGUGCUCCGGCUGUGUCUGCUCCUGCGCCAUCCGUGCCCGCCGCUAUGGAGCUGGACACCCCGCCCGCUUCGGCCAUGGAGGUGGAGACUGCUCCUGCGCCGUCCGUGCCCGAGCCGCCAGCGCCAUCGCCGGACCCGGGACUCGCGUCGCUCGCCGCGAUGGGCUUCGAGGGUCCCGCGGCCGCGGCGGCGCUCAAGGCGACGGCCGGCGACGUCUCCGCCGCGCUCGAGCGGCUCCUCAACCCUGGAGCGGCCGUAUCUGCACCGGAAACCGGGUCGCGCCAGGAGCGCGUCCUCCGUGCCUCGAGCGACCUCCACGCGCUCGGUGCGCCCGCACAAGAAGCUGCCGCGACGUUGACGGCCAUCCUCACGAACGCGGAACGCGGUGAGGAAAAAUUCAAGCGCGUGCGCCUCGGCAACAAGAAGUUCCUGCGAACGGCGGGCAAAUUCGCGGCGGCCCUGCGGCUGCUCGAGGCCGUCGGCUUCGAGCGCGAGACCUCGGCCGAGGGCGACGUCUACGCGCUGAAGAGGACGGAUCCAGGGCUGCUCUGGCUCGGGCGGUCGGCGCUCGCUGACCUCGUCGCGCCUUGAUUGUUGUUAAUUAUUACUGGUACUUA